CGGGGCGUCUGGGAGCCCGCCUGGCCGGCUUGGAAGUUUGCUGGAAGCCGGGGAAGGGCGGCUUUGCGCGAGCAGGUUCAUCUAUGUGGGGUUGCUUUAGGAAGAAUCCCACCCGUUCCACACAGAAGACAUUGUGACGUGUCGGGGGCCAUCUGUGUGGCCUGGGCGGACUUGAUAGGUCACGAGUGCCUGAAGACUGACUUCCUCUUCGGAAACUCGCUGGUGUUUUUGUCCUACCCAAGCCGCUUGACCCUGAUUAACCAGGAGAGGCUGACUUGGAUCCGGCUAGGCAGAUGGGCAGCUCCUGCCCUACCUCUCACUACGACGAAGCCUAGCGGCUUGGGCGAAAAUAGGGGUAAAUGUCGGGCCCGUUUUUCCUCAGCUCUCCUUGCCUAGGACGGCUUUCCGGCUUCCAGAAAAGCCUCCCCCGGUUCUGUCAUUUUCCGCGCAGGGUCGGUGUGGACUGCACAGCUGCGUGCCCGCCUCACCUGGGAGCAGAGGGACCCGGGUCCGGAGCGUGCAGAUCGUCAGCCUAGCCCCGGGUCCAGUGACAUAGUUGGGCCCGCGUUGCCAGAACGGUUCUGAAGUUUGGGGUGCCCUGUAGCCUUCUCCCUCAAACCCGGCCCUCCCUUGAAUCAUGCUCCUGAGAAGGGAACGCUGCUCUAAAGGUUGCCGAGUAGGAUACUCUAGAUAUUCGUCAGAUCCAGUUUCUUUCUUGGAGGAAGGUGGCCUGCUUCCAUCCAGGGGCACAUGAUGUCUUUGCCAUUUUAUCAGCGGUCCCAUGCGCACUAUGAUCACAGCUACCGCCACAAGGACCUACGCACCACUACAAGCCAGUACCAGCAGGAGAAGAAGCGUUCUGCCAUCUAUACCCAUGGUUCCACAGCCUACAGCAGCCGCUCCUCUGCUGCACACCGCCAGGAAGCAGAGGCCUUCAGUCAGGCGUCUGCCGCCUACCAGCAGCAGGCCUCUCAGGCCUACAGUCUUGGAGCUGAACAGUACUCCCUUGCAUCUCAAGUCAGUCGCAAGGCGGCCUCAGCCUACGACUAUGGCUACUCCCAUGGUCUUACAGAUUCUAGUCUGCUGUUAGAAGAUUAUUCAUCUAAGUUGAGCCCCAAAACAAAGAGAGCCAGGCACAGCCUUCUGUCUGGAGAAGAAAAAGAGAACCUACCAAGUGACUACAUGGUGCCCAUUUUCUCAGGACGUCAAAUGCACGUUAGUGGAAUCGCGGAUACAGAAGAAGAAAGAAUUAAAGAAGCUGCAGCUUAUAUAGCCCAGAGGAAUCUUCUUGCCAGUGAGGAAAGAACCACAUCAUCCAAACAGUCUGCAGCGUCCAAACAGUCCGUGAUAUCCAAACAGUCCACCUCCACGCUUCAAGAAGAAGAAACUUUUCAAAAAAAGUCAAGAAAAGUUGCAAUACGAGAAAAAGCAGAACGCCUGUCGCUGAGAAAAACAUUAGAAGAAACUGAGGCCUAUCAUGGAAAGUUGAAUGAAGACCAUCUUCUCCAUGCUCCUGACUUUACCAUUAAGCCACGUUCCCACACCGUUUGGGAGAAAGAGAAUGUAAAAUUACACUGCUCUGUAAUAGGCUGGCCAGAACCGCAUCUCACAUGGUAUAAAAACCAAGUGCCAAUAGAUGUCCAUGCCAACCCUGGGAAGUAUAUUAUUGAAAGUCGAUAUGGAAUGCACACUCUGGUGAUUAACGAAUGCGAUUUUGAGGACACAGCUCAGUACCGGGCCUCGGCGAUGAAUGUUAAAGGAGAGCUCUCAGCAUAUGCAUCUGUUGUGGUAAAGAGAUAUAAGGGGGACUUUGACGAUACUCGCUUCCACAGUGGAGCUUCCUCCAUGCCUCUCAGCUUUGCUGUAACCCCUUAUGGUUAUUUAUCGAAGUUUGAGAUCCACUUUGAUGACAAGUUUGAUGUGUCUUUUGGGAGAGAGGGAGAGACGAUGAGUCUGGGAUGCCGUGUAGUUAUUACACCUGAAAUCAAACAUUUCCAGCCGGAGAUCCAGUGGUACAGAAAUGGGGCGCCUGUUUCUCCAUCAAAAUGGGUGCAACCACACUGGAGUGGAGAGCGGGCUACACUGACAUUUUCUCAUCUCAACAAAGAAGAUGAAGGCCUCUAUACAAUUCGUGUACGAAUGGGCGAAUAUUAUGAAGACUAUAGCGCUUAUGUCUUUGUUCGAGAUGCUGAUGCAGAGAUUGAAGGAGCCCCAGCUGCGCCCUUGGAUGUGGUGUGCUUGGAUGCCAACAAAGAUUAUAUCAUCAUCUCCUGGAAGCAGCCAGCUGUGGAUGGAGGGAGUCCUAUCCUGGGAUAUUUUAUUGAUAAAUGUGAAGUGGGCACAGACAGCUGGUCUCAGUGCAAUGACACACCUGUGAAGUUUGCUCGUUUUCCUGUCACUGGAUUGAUAGAAGGUCGUUCCUAUAUCUUCCGAGUUCGAGCUGUGAAUAAAACCGGAAUAGGUCUGCCUUCUCGAGUUUCUGAGCCUGUGGCCGCUCUGGAUCCCGCUGAGAAAGCUAGAUUGAAAAGUCGCCCAUCAGCACCCUGGACUGGACAGAUAAUUGUCACUGAAGAAGAACCUACAGAGGGCAUUAUUCCUGGGCCCCCCACAGAGCUCUCUGUCACAGAGGCCACGAGGAGCUAUGUGGUGCUAAGCUGGAAGCCCCCUGGCCAGCGUGGCCAUGAGGGCAUUAUGUACUUCGUGGAAAAGUGUGAAGCAGGAACGGAAAACUGGCAGCGGGUGAACACGGAGCUGCCCGUGAAGUCUCCCCGCUUUGCUCUGUUCGACCUGGCCGAGGGGAAAUCCUACUGCUUCCGCGUGCGCUGUUCUAAUUCAGCAGGAGUCGGUGAGCCCUCAGAGGCCACAGAAGUGACCGUGGUAGGGGACAAACUUGAUAUCCCUCAGCCUCCUGGCAAAAUCAUCCCAAGCAGGAACACGGAUACCUCUGUAGUGGUUACUUGGGAGGAGUCCAAAGAUGCUAAAGAGUUGGUCGGAUACUACAUCGAGGCAAGCGUGGUUGGCUCUGGCGAGUGGGCGCCUUGCAACAACAACCCUGUGAAGGGCUCACGAUUUACUUGUCAUGGAUUGGUGACUGGUCAGAGUUAUAUUUUCCGGGUCAGAGCCGUUAAUGCUGCUGGGCUUAGUGAAUAUUCCCAGGAUUCGGAAGCCAUUGAGGUCAAAGCUGCUAUUGCGGCACCAUCUCCACCCUAUGAUAUCAAAUGUCUUGAAAGUUUUCGUGACUCAAUGGUUCUUGGGUGGAAGCAACCAGAUAAGAAUGGAGGGACAGAAAUUACUGGCUAUUAUGUGAAUUAUCGCGAGGUAAUUGGUGGAGUACCUGGAAAAUGGAGAGAAGCCAACAUCAAGGCUGUCAGUGACGAGGCAUACAAGAUCAGUAACUUGAAGGAAAACAUGGUUUAUCAAUUCCAAGUGGCGGCCAUGAACAUCGCUGGGUUGGGAGCGCCGUCAGCAGUGAGUGAAUGCUUCACCUGUGAAGAGUGGACCAUUGCUGUCCCAGGACCACCGCACAGCCUCAAGUACAGUGAAGUGAGGAAGACCUCCCUGGUUCUCCAGUGGAAGCCUCCAGUCCACUGUGGGCGGACACCGGUCACUGGUUACUUCGUGGACUUGAAAGAGGCCCAUGCCAAGGAAGACCAGUGGCGAGGACUCAAUGAGGCAGCGAUUCCAAACAAGUACCUGAAGGUUCAAGGCCUCACGGAGGGUGUCAGCUACGUGUUCCGUGUCCGAGCCAUUAACCAGGCUGGAGUUGGGAAGCCAUCCGACCUUGCAGGCCCUGUUGUGGCAGAAACCCGUCCAGGAACCAAAGAGGUUGUUGUAAAUGUGGAUGAUGAUGGAGUCAUUUCAUUGAACUUUGAAUGUGAUCAGAUGACUCCAAACUCAGAGUUCGUCUGGUCCAAAGAUUAUGUACCCACUGAGGACUCUCCACGACUGGAAGUUGAAAGCAAAGGCAGCAAGACAAAAAUGACCUUCAAAGACCUCGGGGAAGAUGACUUGGGCAUUUACUCUUGUGACGUAACAGACACUGAUGGAAUAGCAUCGAGCUACGUAAUUGACGAGGAAGAACUGAAACGUUUACUUGCUCUCAGUCAUGAUCACAAGUUCCCAACUGUUCCAGCCAAAUCAGAGUUGGCAGUUGAAAUCUUGGAGAAAGGGCAGGUCCGGUUUUGGAUGCAGGCUGAAAAGCUAUCUGGCAAUGCCAAAGUCAACUACAUAUUUAAUGACAAGGAAAUUUUCGAAGGACCGAAAUACAAAAUGCAUAUUGACCGAAACACUGGCAUAAUUGAAAUGUUCAUGGAAAAGCUACUGGAUGAGGAUGAGGGAACGUAUACUUUCCAGAUUCAAGAUGGAAAAGCAACUGGCCACUCUACUCUUGUUCUCCUUGGAGAUGUCUAUAAAAAGCUCCAGAAAGAAGCUGAAUUCCAGCGGCAAGAAUGGAUUAGGAAACAAGGUCCACAUUUUGCUGAGUAUUUGAGCUGGGAAGUGACUAAUGAAUGUAAUGUACUAUUGAAAUGCAAGGUAGCGAAUAUUAAGAAAGAGACUCACAUUGUGUGGUACAAGGAUGAGAGAGAGAUAUCAGUGGAUGAAAAGCAUGACUUUAAGGAUGGUAUAUGUACGCUGCUUAUAACAGAGUUUUCCAAGAAAGAUGCUGGGAUUUAUGAAGUUAUCCUGAAAGAUGACCGAGGAAAAGAUAAGAGCAGAUUGAAGCUUGUGGAUGAAGCCUUCCAAGAACUGAUGUCUGAAGUAUGCAAAACAAUAGCUCUAUCUGCCUCAGACCUGAAAAUCCAGAGCACAGCUGAGGGCAUCCGGCUGUACUCCUUCGUGACUUACUACGUGGACGACUUGAAAGUGAACUGGUCGCACAAUGGGACUGGUAUUAAGUACUCAGACAGAGUUAAGAGUGGGGUCACCGGUGAACAGAUCUGGCUACAAAUCAAUGAGCCCACUCCUAAUGACAAAGGGAAAUAUAUAAUGGAACUCUUUGAUGGCAAAACUGGACACCAAAAGACAGUGGAUCUUUCUGGACAAGCAUAUGAUGAAGCCUUUGCUGAAUUCCAGAGGUUAAAACAAGCUGCCAUUGCUGAGAAAAAUCGUGCCCGGGUGCUGGGCGGUCUCCCUGACGUGGUCACCAUCCAGGAGGGCAAGGCCCUUAACCUCACUUGCACUGUGUGGGGCGACCCAACCCCAGAGGUCUCCUGGCUGAAGAACGAGAAGCUGCUGGCCUCAGACGAGCACUGCAACCUCAGGUUCGAGGCCGGGAAGAUCGCCUACUUCACCAUCAAUGGUGUGAGCACCGCCGACUCGGGCAAGUACGGGCUGGUUGUGAAGAACAAGUAUGGGACGGAGACCAGCGACUUCACGGUCAGCGUGUUCAUCCCGGAGGAGGAGGCCAGGAAGGCCCUAUCGGAGUCGCAGAAGUCCAAGUGACCGAAGACUGGGCGGAGGGGUGCGAGGAGAGCCAAGACCGGCUGAGCCAACUUGCACUGCUUGUAUGUGAAUGGUUUAGGUUAAGGAUAAGGAAUGCUUUGCGCUUCCUCCUCCCUGUUGUGUGCUGGGUUAGGGAUAGGAUUGUCAAAUCUUUCAUUCAUAUGUUUUUUAAAAGUGCCAACUAACAACACUUUAAAGGUUUUUCUUUAUAAACAAAUUAUAUGUUAAGGAAAUAGCAUUAGUAGCACAAACAUUAGGAAAUGGUUUUAAGGAAAAGUCCAGAAUAAAAUUGGAGGGAUAUUGAAUGAUGGUCGGAGAGCAGAAGAAGGUGUUGUGCAGAGUCUGGAGUGGAUGAGGAUUUGGUGGUAAAUUCUCAUGGUUGGCAGCCAUGCUCGAACAUCCCAUCAAAGAGACAUGCUGCUGAGGCCAUGGGUGUGGUCCAGGUGUUGUUGCCAUGGUGAUGUGCAGCCUUGUGACUUGGAGCCUCCUCCGUAUGAAUAAAUGGUUCUCACACCUUUC